AUGCUUCUUCUCUUCAAAGUCGUGUCCUUCCCGUCUUGUCCCCAUACUUCACCACAAUGCCGAGUCACGUGCGCGUCUCACCAUCUCCAACCUUCUUCUUCAAACUCUAUCCGCCAGCAAACUUGCCCGGUUCUUUCCCCUUUUCUCAUCGAAAAACGCAGUCCCCAGUCUUACAUUCUGCGCCCUGCGCCUGCCAUGGACAAAGAAAAGCGCGUCUCCCGCCUUUUCGGCUCCCGAAUCCUGUCCAUCUUUUCUGCCGAACAUGAUCGAAAAGACCACUCACCAAUGCCCCGAAUGGCGCUGAUGCCCAAACUAGGCGCUCAGGAGUCGAUUUCAUCUGGAGCUGCGACUCUGGGAACGUCAAAAUCGCCCCUGCCUCGUCCCCGCUUGUCUUUGGAUCCAAACGCCAACAACAAUAACCUGGCGGCUAAAACGCCGCUCUCGCGUGUGCCCCUUUACAACAAACGGCUGCAGCCGCAGCUUGGAGAGCAUUACAGUCUGCUGCAAGAGCGAUUGCCCGAGCUGCCGCUCGAAAAUAGAGAAAUGCGCCAGAACAGACAAAACCAGAAUCGGCUCGACCCUGAAGCAGUAACAGCUCAGCGCACUCGAUCACCGGAACAUUUGCCGGCUCUUCCCGUGUACCUGUCCACUCAUCUGCGGCUGUUGCACCGGCGCCCACCGCCGUCGGACAGUAGUAGCGACAAGCUUGGUGAAAAUCAAAAAACACAGAAGGAAAGCACCCAUGCACUCGAUGACAUCAUUGGAAGGCUCGAACACGAAAUCGGACUGCGGCCAUACCCAAAAGAUGGAGUAGAAACGUUUCUGCAAGACGGCCUGGGAGAAGAGCUGGAAUUGACCAGUCCGAACGAUUUUGGGCCUCUUGCAGCUCAGUCGUGGUCAGAACGACAGCAAGGCGAAUGGCCCAUGUCUACAGAAAGCAGUUUCGCUAGUGCAUAUGAAACAGGACCAGAAAACAGAGGCGAAAGUGGGAGUAUUGAAGAUAGCGAGAAAGUGGAUGAUCGAGAAAGAACAGACAGCAGGUCCGUUCACGAAAGAGAAGAGAGAGAAGGUGGACCCGAAAUGUGGCGCGGAAUGCUAACGAAUCUGAUUCCGUCGCAUAUGGAGUCCAGUCUGAGCCAUUUUAGUCUGGGCCAGGCCAAUCUGAGCCAGAUGAGCCUGGGCCAGGUCAGUCUGACCCAAGUGGACCUGAGCCCGCAGAUCGACGACGUGAACGUGUCGAGCAUGGAAAUUUCCCAGGUGCCCUCUCAUGUGGAAAUUGCUCUGGUUCCUUCGCAUGUGGAAAUUGCUCUGAUUCCUUCUCAUAUUGACAAUCUCCCACUCAACCAACCCCUCGAUCUCCCCAUGGAGGGCGAGAACUUCAAAAACCAGGAAAACCUAACUAUUCCCCAAAGCCCGGUGGGCUUGUCUGCCGAACCGAGCAUUGCACUUAGUCCAAGUCUGGCACCCAUCACAAAAUCGCCGCUGGACUUCUCUUUUGGCUACACAUUUCCUGAGCCCGAGAAUGUCGCAGGGAAGCGCCCAGAGCUGUUACACAAGCGCGUUCUGUCGGUAAGUUCAACCAGCAGUGCGCUAUCUGGAGGACAUGUCAACCUUGCCACUCUCAAGCGGGCGUUCUCGCUUCGCCCAGGAGAAGGAGAACGCUGUAGCUACGUCCAGACCAUCCGGCGCAAUGCAGGCACUGCGUACAACGAAACGGGGCCUGGCAAGUGGAAACUUCCGACAGGGAUCAUGCCAUUAGACCGCAAGACGAUGGCGAUUUCUGGCCGGUUCACGCGCCUCGGAAACACCAUGUCUCCACGGAUGAAAAAGACCAGUGGGGUCGAGUUGAAGCACGGCCAUCUCCAACCGCGGUUGCUCGCGGCUGAAGUGGAUGAGGUGGCUGACACAAACCGGUUCGGAUCGCUUGGCAGGUCGAGCACUCAGAACAACCGCCGUGCGCAGCUGACGGCCAGUAUACCCGGACGAGUCACGCCUACGACGUCGAUUCUGUCUACUCCACCAAUGGCCGUUGCCGGAACGCCGCCAGGAGAAGCCAGCAGGACUGCGUCUGUGUCUGACAUUCAGAGUGUGCAAACACGUGAAACCACAGCAUCGUCUGAUUCAGAAGGAUCAGUGGCCGAGCCCAGCGACGGCUUCUACCAGCAUCCAGGCUACAACUAUAGUGAGGCUGAAACAGACGCAUUCAGCAUACACGAGGAUGCGAGCGAUGAAGAGAAACCACAUCUUUUCCUUGCCAAUCCGGACUCGAGCGAUGAGGAGUAG